GCUGAGGGCGGCCCGAGCCGAGCGCUCGCGGCAUGGCGGGGCUGCCCGGAGCCGCGGGGACGCGGAGCAGCUCCCCGGGAGCCGCCGCCACCCUGCCCUCCCCACGCCUCGACGAAGCGUUCCUGUGCUCGCCACUCGGGGGGCUGAUGGGUGCCCAGGCCGUGCUCGGCCUCCUGGUGUGGGCUCUCCUUGCUGACACCACCUACCACCUCCAUGCAGCGUAUGGCUGGGUGCUGUUUGUGUCCAUCUUCCUCUGGGUAGCGACGGUCCUGCUCUUUGUGAUGUACCUCCUGCAGCUCCCCAUGAAGUUCUAUAUGGUCCCCUGGCCCCUCAUGCUGAUGAUCUUCAAUGCAGUGGCAACCGUUCUGUACAUCGCUGCCUUUGUCACGUGCUCAGCAGCUGUGCGUCCCACCUCGUGGCGCCAGUGGGAUUACAACAGGAGAGCUGCCGCUUCCUUCUUCGCCGGCCUCGUGAUGCUCACCUAUGGGGCGAGCACCUUUUUCAGCUUCCGUGCCUGGAAAGGACUGGGCAGCAAUGCAGCCACCAGCCAGGCGGCCAGCCAUGCGUGAGGCCGCCAUCAUUGCCGCUGUCCGUGGUGCUGCAGUCCCGCCGAUCGGCUUUCUGCUCUCGGCUGACUGCGAGAUGCUGAGGGCUCACCGAGGUUGAAGCUCCUGGUGGUCCUCACACGGUGCACAGGAGCCAGCUGCUCACUGGAACACUCGUACCGAGGGGGUUCACCCCGUUGGAUGCACUCCAGUACUAACAUUCACUAAACCAAGCCCACGUGGCUGCCUGUGGUCGUGCGCGGAUGCGGUGUAAAUAAUCGCAAUUAACUUCUGUCAGUGGGGGCAGAGCUGGAGAACAAAGGCUAGGGCAAGAAAGUCGUCUAAACUGUUAUCACACUGAUCUUCAAAAUAAAAAAGUCAAAGCACAAUUUUAUGCUUUAAAUAAAUAUCUUCCUAAAUCCAACAUUCGAGUCUGCCUGUUCCACACUACUGCUGUCAACAAAUCCAGCUUUUUUUCUCCGGGGAUGUGGGUGGGCAUUUCCCAGAACUGACACCCAGCCACCCACCACAACAUUUUCCUUCACAUCCUUCUUGUACAAACUAUAAGUCUAUUUCAUCUGGUUUUCAUCUAUUUACACACAGUCAGCUGCUCUGUAAGUUUACCGCAUACGCUGUUUGCAUGGGUAAAGUUGUGUACAACACAACUUGUAUCCAGAGGUGGGCUCAGGAAAUUUAAGUACCUUAAUGAAAGGUACUCACCUCAAUGUGAAUUGAAAAGGGACUGCACAAACUUUCCUGGAAUCACA